AAUACGUUCAUGACAGAAUGAUUAUAUUCUUGAUUUUGUGCUUUUCGUUUUCAAAUUCAUUUUUGUUGGAUACAACAACUCCGUCGAAAGCCAGUUCCCAUUACAAUGAUAUAACAGAUAUGUUGACCGAGGAAAGAAAAUACCGCACUCAACUAGAGCAAUACUUAGCUGGUCAACUGCAACGAGAAAUACAAGAAAUGAAAAACGAAACGGAGAACUGGAAAUCAAAGUCGUCAGACAUCCAAAUGGAAAAUGCAAAACUUCAGAAAAGACUAACAAACUUGGAAAAGAAAACUAGCUCCAAAGAUCGAUUACUUUAUCUUGAAACAGAGUUAAAUAAUUCUAGAAGUGAAUCCGAAUCAGACAUGCGGGAUAUUAAGAUGCGAAUAGACAAUGCGUUUCAUAGUUUUGGUUUGGUGCAAGCCAGUAUGAAAGCAAAUAUAUCUCAGAUACAACAGGGUCUGAACCAAGAAGCUGUUGCUGUACAGGCAUGUGGUGGAUACAACUAUAACAAUCGCCGAAUUAUAUUCCAUGGAAUAAAGAACUCGUAUGGCAUUCACAACUUGUCAGAUUUGGUGAACAAUACCGGGACAUUUCACUGUGAAAAGGCAGGACAUUAUUUGGUAAUAAUAUCUUUAACUUUAACAGUCACAGAAGCACGAUUUAGCAUAGUAAAGAACAACUCAACGGUGUUAUCGGAAGUCCAAAUAGUACCAAAACAUAAUUAUGUUCGUUCUAUGAUCCACACGGGGACAACGUCAGCUCUGGUAUGACUAAACGUAGGUGAUACCAUCGCUGUCCGACAGUCUGCAAAUGUCAGAGAUAUUUAUGGAGAUUCAACCUGUUUGUCAAUUGUGAAACUGAAGUGAAUGCAAUUUUCCAUUAUAGAAAACAUUUUUUCUUUUGAAGUUGAAAUGCUGAUUCCCCAUCCCCCAUACUUAUGCACUUGUAAUUGAAAGUAUAUUUUGUGAAUCAACAUGCAGUGAUAUCUUUUCCCGACAAGACAUUUUUUCUUAUU